GAGAGAGAACCAGCCUUGUUUACAUGAAUGCAAAGAAGUUCCAUGAACCAGAGUCAGUGAACUACAACUGAAGGUUUGUUUUUUGUUUUUUUCUCUCCUGUAACAUUCAUUCCUCCAUUACUGAUUACUGGGUUUUCUCAGUCCACAUCAGGUGUUUGUCCUUGUUUUCCUCCUGAGUGGUGAUUUAAAAACUGCUGCUCAUCUUCUGAGAUGCUAAAAGACAGACUUCUUCUGACAGGACGACAUCUGAUUGGACUCCUGUGUUGUUUAUUUAGCGCUCUUCUGUCUCUCAGCGGACUGAGCUUCAUGUCUUGAUCCUCUGAUGUGCAGUCCCAUGUUAGAUACACCUGACCCAGGCUGUAGUUCUUCUGCAGAUCUCAUAUUUUAUCAUCUUACCUUCUGAGUUGACAAUGAUGAUCCCCUGAACUCCCUUCUGGCCCUGGAUCCUCUUCAGAGUUUCCUCUACUUCAGCCUGGAGAACAGCAACACAAUGGGCGCGGCCAGCGGCGCGUCAAGUCACGCACACACAGGACAGGCGGGACCGGAAGUCAGCGAUGAGGCCUUCAAAGUAAAACUGGGAAAGCGGUAAAUCCCAUCACUGAAGCGCUUCCCCAGACUUUUAUUUUUAAAUCCUAACCGGAAGCGUCACCUGUCCGUCGCGGACGCUGUGACGUCUUGACGGAAACAUCUUUACGUUCCGAAGCUUCAUUCACGUCCAGCGACUGAACGAGACGAGAAAUGGACGAGAAGGACGAAGAUCUGGGUGCGUUUGACCCAAACAUACCAGAGGAGGGACCCUCAGCGCCCCCUCCUGGCUGGCUGGAUCACGUCCAUGGAUACCAGGGUCACAAAGGAGGAGAGGGAGAUAAUCCUCUGUAUCCACCUCCCCCGGCCUACAACCCCGAGCCUGAACUCAACAGGAACACACUGGUGCCCAACGUCAGCGUCCCCACGGUGUCGGAGGACGUGGCCAGAGAUGCUCUGCUCAAGUUUGUAGAAUCAAAAUGGAGGUACAGCUCCAAACCUGCCAGGAACCUCACGUUCAAAGAGCUCAAGCCCGUCACUGUGUACAGGUACCGACUGGAGACCUACACUGAGACCAGAACCAGCAGCUGGCAGUUUGAACCUUUCACAGCAGGUCAGGUGGUCGACGGUCCUCAGUACGGCGUGAGUCCUCAGCCGUGGGACAUUCCGGUCCAGCUGCCUCCCAGAUUCACCGACAAGGUGGAGAUGGUCCGCGUGCCGCACUCGUCCAUCGUGAAGGUGUGUCACAUGUGCAGCGGCUGUGGGAGGGUUCGUUGUACCGGCUGUCACGGCAGAGGCCAGAAGCGUUGUAUAAGCUGCCAUGGCAAAGGUCACAGACGGCAGCCUGGGAACCACAAAAGGUCCGGCGGGUCCUCACGAUGUUCUGCCUGUCACGGGAGAGGACGUAAGAGGUGUAUCUCCUGUCAGGGUCACGGCUUCAAGACCUGCUCUGUUUGUCACGGCAGCCAGAACCUGCUGCACUACAUCCAGCUGACGGUCACAUGGAAGAACAACGUGGAUGAUUUCAUUCCGGACCGUCAGCCGGACUUCCCCGACAAGAAGUUUGAGAAGGUGACUGGAGAUCCUUUCUUCAUCGACGAGAGCGUCCUGGUUUAUCCCAUCCAGGGUUUCCCCGAUCAGGAGAUCUGCGACGUGUCCACAAAACUGAUCAACGAACAUCUCGGACGCUUCUCUUCCACCAGUCGCAUCCUGCAGCAGCGUCAGACCAUCGAGAUGGUUCCUCUGACUCACGCCUACUACACCUACAGCGGGAAGGAGUACAACUUCUUCGUGUACGGAGUGGAGAACAAAGUCUUCGCCGCCAAAUAUCCGUCUGCCUGCAGCAUUUUAUAGGUUUCACACAGACGUGACGCUCGCAGGUGAUCGCGGGCCGACGGAUGAAAUCUUCCAUUUGACGUACGUACAUGUGUUCACGUUUGUCGUCGCGUCGGACGAUCGCGAUGCGUUCAUGUGUCGUGAGUAAUCUCACGUACCUGCAGGUGUUAAAGGUCCAAUUCUCAUUUAUUUCAGCACUUAAACCUCAUAGAUUAAUAAAAACAGCAGGAAUCAACAGGUGAUCGGUUUUAUAAGAUAUGAAUAAUACACAUGUCUUUAUAUGAGACACUGAAAUUUGUGAUUUAUCUUUAUAUAUAUCAACUUUAUAUGUGUGUGUGUGUGUGUGUGUGUGUGUGUGUGUGUGUGGUGGUUUAUGUUUGAAGCCAGUAUGACAUCAGUUUUAUCUUCAGUGUGUUUAUCAAGAAGUCUUUGUCAUAAAUAACAAAGAGAAGCAGAAACGUCUCACAUUUAAGAGGCUGGAACCAAAAAACGCGAUCGAUCAGUUAUCAGAUUGAUCUUUUCAUUUCAGUUCAUCUUCUGUUGAUCAGCUGAUUGUUUCAGGAACUCGUCUGGUUGAUAAUCAAUAACUGAAUGUAUUGAACGUUUUCUCUCAGCGGAGGGUUUGUUUCCAUAUUCUUCACAAACCGUCCAAGGUGUUUUUUUUUUUACUUUUUGUUUGUUUGUGUGACAAAGUUUCUGAUUGUUUAACCACUUUGUAUUUUACAUGUUUAACAGAGAAGCAGAAAUCUGUUAUUAUUAUUAUAAUUUUAUACAACAUUAUACAAACAUUAUGUCAAAUGUACUCAGUUCAUAAUAAACUUCUUUUGUAUUAUCA